AUGCUGCGUCGCGGCGUGCUCUCGUCCCUCACGCGGAGCACAACGUCAGACCAAUUGAGGGCUGCAUUGGCCUGCAACUUCAGAUAUUCUCACCAGGGGAAAGCUUUUCAAUGUCUCCGGACGCUUUCAACCCUUCCGGAUAUACCUUUGUUUCGCGCUCUCUACCGUCAUGAACCCUCCAGCACCGCCGUAGUGCACAGCAAGUCGAGGCGGUCCUUCACGUACGGCAAUCUCGUCGGAGAUGUCGUUCAGGCCAAGGAGCAGCUCGCGAGUAAAGUCAACGGUGCUGGCGAUCUUUCGGGCCAGCGGAUUGCGUUCCUAGCUGAGAAUAGCUACGACUACGUGGUUGGUGAGCUCAAGUACAUCUUGGACAAUUCCGAGGCCAAGGUGUUGCUGGCUACGGAAAAGUAUGGAGCUAAGGCGCAAGAGAUCCUGAAUGCGGGUCUCGAAAGAGAGCCGAUUGUUGAUAUUAGAAAGAAGAUUAUCAAGGGUUCAGCAGAUGACGAGCCUCUGCGAUUCGAAGCCGUUGAGGGAGCACGAGGAGGAAUGAUGUUAUAUACGUCUGGCACGACGAAUCGCCCGAAAGGGGUUCUUAUCCCGCAAUCCGCGCUGACAGCACAAGCCCAAUCGCUGAUACAAGCGUGGAAGUACUCACCGGAGGAUCUGCUACUGCAUCUCCUUCCUCUCCACCACAUCCAUGGGACAGUCAAUGCCAUCUUGACUCCAGUUCUUGCCGGGGCCGCAAUCGAGUUCAUGUUCCCUUUUAACGCCGACGCAGUGUGGAACAGACUUGCGGCCCCCUUUCUCCCAGCGACGACUGUGAAGGAUAAGGUUACGUUCUUGACCGCCGUCCCCACGAUCUACAAUCGACUGAUGUCGAGUUUCCGGGGUUUGGAUCCUGCUACCCAGGAUGCUGCUAAGAAAGCGAUUUCACCGGAGAAUCUACGCUUGAACAUCUCAGGGUCUGCUGCUCUUCCCACUCCAACGAAGAAGGCCUGGACAGAGCUUAGCAAUGGGAAUGUAUUGCUGGAACGCUACGGAAUGACCGAAGUGGGCAUGGCGAUCAGCUGCGGUCUUGACCCGGCGGAUCGUGUCGACGGCAGUGUUGGGUGGCCUCUGCCUUCUGUUGAGGCCAGGCUUUGGGAUGCGGAGCGGAAUGAAGUGAUUAAGGUUGGCGAGGAGCUGGACGAUACUGGACGAGAGCGGGUUGGUGAAAUCCAGCUUCGGGGUCCGACAAUCUUUCGUGAAUACUUCAAGAAUGAGCAAGCCACGCGCGAGGCAUUCAUGGAGAGCGACGACGGGAAAGGGAAAUGGUUUCGAACGGGGGAUGUUGCCGUCCGGCGGACGGUUCCAGGCAGUGGAAAGGGCACCAGCGGCGAAUGGGCGCAGGGACCGAUGUAUUUCAUCCAGGGUCGCCUGAGCGUCGAUAUCAUCAAGACGGGAGGAGAGAAAGUUAGCGCGCUGGAGGUGGAGAGGGAGUUGCUGUCACUACCGUAUAUCACCGAGGCGGCUGUCGUUGGCCUUCCAUCUGAGCAAUGGGGUCAGAAGGUCGCCGCAGUCGUUGUCCUCGAUCCCGAGAAAGCGCAGAGUGCUGGACGCGGCGAGAAGCCGUGGGGGAUCAUGGACAUGCGUCGGGCGCUGAAAGACCGACUGGCAGCGUAUAAGAUUCCGCAGGAGUUGAAGAUAUUAGACUCGAUUCCAAGAAAUGCGAUGGGCAAGGUCAACAAGAAGGCCCUCGUUAAGGAGGUGUUCACAACAGACGAGUCACCAGCAUAG